CUGGUCCGUCGGUCCUGGUGUUCACAUGUCCACAACCUUUUACUGUAUGGUCCACAAGUGUCCUGUUUUUAGUUAUUUGCGAGUUUAACGUCGCGUACACAAUAAUGGCUAAACUAUUUGUGAAUGGCGGAAUAGGUAAUGCAUGUCUACACUGUUUGAAAACGUGGUCGUCAUGUGAAAUACUGUCUGUAUCAACGUUACAAACUCAGGUUGUCCGCACGCUUAUGAGACCCGUAGGGAAAGAAACUGGUGGUCAAGUAUCAAAAAACAAUACGGGUCUGAAAGCUAUUGACCUUGUACAGCGAGAACGUGAGUCUAAAGUAAAAUCCAAAAGCCGAAAAAUACCAAAGACCGAUAAUUUCAAAGAGACGCACACUGCAGUCUCCCCGGUGCAGCACAGAGUCUCACAACUUAAACAACUUAGCCAACAGUUACAAAAUGUACACCCUAACGUGCUAGCCAAGGCUUUACACAAAAGCAUAAUCUUCCAAAACCAAGAUGUAAUCGCAAUCAACAAACCUUAUGGAGUUCCAUUACACGAUUCAACGGAUGCCACAACCAGCAUAAAAAAUGUGUUGCCAGUGUUGGCGAAAAUGGUCCAUGGUAUGCGGACAGAAACGAGGUUGCACAUUUGUCACAGUCUGGACAAAGAUACAACUGGUACUUUACUGCUUGCCCAAACAGAAGAGGCAGCUGACCACAUUCACAGCCUCUUCAAGGCCCUGCAAAUGGAGAGGAAGUACUGGGCGGUGGUCGUUGGUGUACCUGUCCCCUCAGAAGGGGUUGUAGAUAUACCGGUCAUUGAGAGAGAGGUCACUGGAGCACAACCCCACUUUAAGAUGGGGCUUAGUCCUCUCUUCCGCACCAGUGAUAAUGGAGAGGGCGUGACUCGGGUUCGAGCCAACCGAAGUGCCCGUAGUGCAGUGACUAACUAUCGUGUGCUGGACAGCACCCAUGGCUGCAGCCUUGUGGAGCUCCAGCCAAUCACAGCCGUGAAGCAUCAGUUGCGAGUCCACAUGGCUUUUGCACUUGGAUGCCCCAUUCUGGGUGAUCAUAAAUAUGCCCACUGGAAUAAGCUAGCACCUCAGCAACUGCCAGAGGGAGUUUUACGUCGCUUGGGCCUGGAGCAGAGCAAAGCACGCCAUCUUCCUCUACACCUACACCAUCGCCAGCUGACAGUCCCCGGGUUCAGAGGUCACCGCGAACUCAUUGUAUCCAGCCGGUUACCCAGGUUCUUGACAAGUACUUUGCAAAGGCUACAUAUUUCCCUACCAGACAAAAAUGGAACUGAGACAGACAUCCAGACACACCAGUGAUGUUUAAAAGUCUCUGAUGACUGAGGAGAAAUGGGAGGCUUGGAAUCUCCAGCUCUCUCUUCAUGGGUAAUCCUGGUUUAGGAACCUACAACAAAUGGAUCAAAUAGCUUGUUUCAUGCCCAUAUAUGGACUGGGUUUCUGCUCUGAUGAAUUAGAUAUUUAUAAGGCCACUUGUUUUCCGUUAUUAAAUAUGAACUACGAUACGCUACAUUUGUUGUAACUUAUAAAUGUGCUCACAUUUCUGGAGGCUUUAAGCUCUGGGAUGACAAUGCACUCAUAUUCAUAUAGAGGGCAAAUGAAGGAAUGCUAAUUGUAUCCUGUAUGUAGCUGUAAUAAGUCACAUAUAACACUUCAAAACUCAGAACUCAAAAUUGGCAACAUUCAUUUUUUUAAGCAACUUUGUCGUGUUGAACAGCUACUGACUUACUCCAAGGUAAGCAGGUUUUUGCAGGUAAAUUCAAGUGUUGAUGCUGAAUAAAGGUGAUUUGCAUAUUC